CUCCCGGGCCCGCCGGCCGGCUAGUCGGCGCGGGCAUCCGAACUGGGGGCGGUGCCGGCAGGGGACCCGCGAGGAACGGCCGCCGCCGGGCAGGUCAGAGGACCCUCCACCACCAGAGCGAAGACCUGGACACAGUCAUCUUAGUCAAUCCUGACGAGUGGAGCGCCGUGUCAGAGGUGCGUUCUUUGAUAUGUGACCCUUCCGCCCACAAGCUGCUAGUCCUGUGUGGGCAAAGCUCUGACCAGGGAGGUGAUUUGAUUCUGCAGACUGGGACUUUCACCUACCAGAAACUCACCGGGAUAUUUGCAGAUCCAGAGGUCGCCCAGCUUUUCAGUAAUACUGAUCCAGCUUGUAAAACCUCCCUCACCAUAUCGUGCUUGGGAGAAGGAGAUUGGAGAAAUCUUCAACACUCCAGUUUCCAAGACCACUUUUCCCUGAGAGUUAAUCCUGAUCCAGUCCUGCCAGAGAUGGAUGGGAUAUCUGAAUUUGCUGAAUAUGUCUCUGAGACAGUGGAUGUCCCAUCCCCCUUUGAUCUUCUGGAACCCCCAACCUCCGGGGGGUUUCUAAAGCUCUCCAAGCCCUGCUGCUACAUAUUCCCAGGCGGAAGGGGGGACUCUGCUCUCUUUGCUGUCAAUGGAUUCAACAUUCUGGUUGAUGGUGGCUCAGACAGGAAGUCCUGUUUCUGGAAACUGGUCCGACAUCUGGAUAGGAUUGACUCAAUUCUCCUGACCCACAUUGGAGCUGACAAUCUCCCGGGGAUUAAUGGACUCUUGCAGAGGAAGAUUGCUGAGCAGGAAGAAGAGCAGUCACAGGGCUCCACUAACUAUAGUGACUGGAUAAAAAACCUUCUGUCCCCAGAGCUUGGGGUGGUUUUCUUCAAUGUUCCUGAGAAGCUCAGGAUGCCAGAGUCAUCCAUGAAAGUCAAAAGAAGCAUUGCAGAAGCCAGCCUGACCUUGCAGUACCUCCACAGGCUAAGCAUCAAGCCGGAGCCUCUCUAUAGAGUGGUCACCAAUACUGUUGAGCCAAUCACUCUGUUCCACAAAAUGGGUGUUGGCAAAUUGGACAUGUACAUCUUGAACCCCGUCAAAGAGAGCAAGGAGAUGCAGUUUCUCAUGCAAAAGUGGACUGGAAACAGUAAAGCCAAGACAGGCAUUAUCCUUAGCAAUGGGAAAGAAGGGGAGAUUUCGGUCCCCUAUCUAACAUCCAUCACAGCCCUUGUAGUGUGGCUUCCCGCAGGACCAACAGAAAAAAUUGUACGAGUUUUGUUUCCAGGAAAUGCACCACAAAAUAAGAUUUUAGAAGGUCUUGAGAAACUCAAGCAUCUUGAUUUUCUGAAGUAUCCUGUAGCUACUCAGAAAGAUGUGGCUUCUGUCACACCCUCUUCUGUGCUUAAACAGUCCAAGAUUAAACAACGGACAGACAGUAAAGAGAGCCUCAAGUUAUCGCUUAAGCCUCCUACAACAAAGAUGGUUGCUGAAGAGGGCUCUAAAGAGAUGAAGAUGGAGACAGUAAAAGAGGCUAAAACUGAGAAAAAAGGGAAAGAGCAUUCUGAAAUGCUUCAAGAGAAGCUGGUCAAAACAGAGAAAGUGAAAAUAGACUCCAGCGAUGCCCUUAAAGCUGAGAAAAGAAAACUUGCCAAAGACAAAGUUGGCAAAAAACAUCUGAAAGAGAAAGUUUCUAAACUGGAAGAAAAGAGAGAUAAAGAAAAGAAAGAUGUUAAAAAGGAGAAGAGGGAGAUUAAAAAAGAUGAUGGGAAGAAAGAAGAAAGGAAAGAUUCAAGGAAAGAUGAAAAAAAGAAGGAAGCUAAAUCAGAGUUGAAAAAAGUUUCUAAGCCAGACUUGAAGGCGUUCACCCCUGAGGUAAGGAAGACUUUAUACAAGGCAAAAGUUCCCAGUAGAAUAAAAACGGACAAAGUUCGUACCAAAACUGAAAAGUGCACCACUGGAGAACCGAAGUCUCCAACUGUGCCAAAGAAACAUGACCAGCCUCAAGGGCCACCAUUUAUGGCUGAGGAGAGGCUGGUGAUAUCUUCACCAGAGGACCUGACCAAGGAUUUUGAGGAGCUGAGCUGUGAAGAGCAAAAAGGGCCUCAUCCUGCACCUGCUCCUUUAGAGGCAGAGACUGUCUCCAAGCAUGCAGAAAGGCAGGAUCCCUGUGACCUGGUCGCUGGAAAGGGGGUGCCGAUAUCCACAGGGACCGGAAGUUCAGGACUUCUUUCUCUGGCCAUGCCAGAGGAGCAGAUGGCUUCCCCAGAAGGUGGGGUGGUGGAAGCAGGCAAGUCACCUGAAAAACCUGAUGAGAAAGCCACCUUAGCAGAGCCUGUUGGGCAAGAACUGGAUGAGAAUGUUGGAAGGAGUGUCGGAGAAUUUCCAGGAAAAGGGAAAGAUCAGAUACCAUCACAUGGGGAAGAAAACACGGCUCCUUCAGGAAGGGAUUGGAUGUCCCGAGGAGAAGACGCCAGCUUGAAAAAGAAAGAUGUAUUUAAAAGGGCAGAGCUGGAAGGGACAUUAGAGGAAGCAGUAACAGCAAAAGGCAAAGAGUUAGGAAAGAAAGAGCUUUCUCAAGUCCAGCCAGCACAAGGCCCCUCUUUGCUUUCUGAUGGGAAAGGAAAAGAACACAAGACAGACAGAGUGAACUCAAGCAAAGUACCUGGGAAGUCGCCCGGGAUAAAGGAAAGGGAGGACUCUCACCUGGGAAGCAUGCCUUUCCCAUCAGGAGAACAUAUUUCCUACAUCCAAGACGAAACCAUCCCUGGCUACUCAGAGACAGAACAGACCAUCUCAGACGAGGAGAUCCAUGAUGAGCACGAGGAGAAGGUGGCACACUUCAAGCCAGACAUUGGCAGUUAUGACAUUGCAGGAGCAGACCAGGCCUUUGAAGCUGCCAAUGGGAUCCAGACUCUUACAGCGCCUGAAGUUGCCAAAGGGUAUGCUGGACAGGAACCCGAAAUCCUUGCCUAUCCUACAAAUCUUGUGGCAGCCCCUUUGGCAGAAGAGGAGCAUGUUUCUUCAGCAACAUCCAUUACAGAAUGUGACAAACUUUCCUCCUUCGCCACUUCUGUCGCUGAAGACCAAUCCGUUGCAUCAAUCACAGCGCCGCAGACAGAGGAAACAGGCAAAAGUUCCUUCCUGUUGGAUACGGUGAACAGCAUACCUUCCUCUCGAACAGAGGUCACCCAAGGCCUAGAUUACGUACCUUCUGCUGGCACUAUUUCUCCCACAUCGUCCCUAGAAGAGGACAAAGGCUUUAAGUCUCCUCCUCCAGAAGACUUCCAUAGUCAAAUAGAAAGUGAGAAGAAACUUGAAGCCUGCAAGAAAGUUUUACAGCAGCAGCAGCAGCAGCAGCAGCAAGAAACUCCACACUUUGAGAGGCCUUGGCAAGCAGAAGAACAUUAUGAUGCCCUACUGUUUUUACAGCAAGGGCCCCUGGGAGAUAGUUCAAGUGAAAUAUCUGUGGAAGGAUCUCAAGAAACUACCAUGCUUUUGAGUGAAGCAAAUGCACACCUGCUGCAGGUACAACAAGGCUCUGGCGAUGCUGAAGAUCGCUGCAUAAGCCCUGACGAUAGCACGGUCAAGAUGGCAUCUCCCACCCAAUCAGGCCCCACUAGUGCAGGGCACACACCUUUUCAUCAAUCCCCUAUAGAAGAAAAAUUGGAUACUGCAGAAGCAGACAUGUUUGAAAAGUUAGCCAAAUCUCCUGUAAUGGGGAUUGAAAUAGAAAGACCCAACAGAGCAAUGAAUGUAUCCAGAACAUUUGAAGGUGAUGGGGAGCAUCGUGAAAUCAGAGAGAGAUGCCUUCAUGACAUGCCUGACCUGGAAGCAGCAGCCAUCCUGCAUGCAGGAUUCUUACCUGCACCAAAUGAAGACAAGAGCCAGCAUUUGGAGAAAGAGGAGCUAGCAAUAAGCUUCUACCACAAACAAGAAACUAUUGAUAUUUCUGACCUGGAUCUUCCCACUGAAAAUAACCUCCUAGGGACCUUAAAAGAUGCCUCAUCUAAGAAUGUUGGCACUGCUGAGGAAGCAUCCCAUGAACAGGUUGUUAGGCCUGGGACUGAGGUGUUCUCUCCUUCAGAAAUACCUCUGCCAAAAGGAUGGGAAGCAAUUUCAGACAUACCUAGAGAUGAAAAAUCUUCACAAAUCAUUAAUUUACCAGGAGAAGAAAAGGCAUCUUCUUUUACUGAUGAAAUUCCUGGAGAGACAUCAUGUUCUGAUAAUUUCAUCACUGAAAUAUCUCAAAAGGGUUUGCAUUUGACAGAAACUGGCUUAGAACAAAAGGAGUCUGUUUCUUCAGAAGAUAGUACAUUUGUUCUGAGUCUUCAUGGAGAAACCCCUUCAUAUUUAUUCAAAGAAGAAAUUUCUCCAAGAGAUACUACACUUCUGCUUAUGAAAGAGAGCCCUACUAAAGAAACAUCAUUGGGCGUGCUUGUGGAACAGCUGUCUCCUAAAACUAAACACCCAGCUUCAGCAGAAGAGAGCCCAAGUACAGAUGGAAGAGCAGAAGUGGCUAUCAAAGAGGAUCCAUGCAGUUCCUCUUUAAACUUUCAGCAAAGUCCAUUUCUAGAUGCCACCAUAAUACAGCCUUCAGCAGACCCUUUUCUGGAAAGUGAAAGAUCGGCUUCCUUAACAGAAAAACAGACUUGCAAGGAACUGUCUCCUAAACAAACAUCUCCAGACUCAAAGUCCUCAAGCUUCACAUCAGUGAGCCCAGCUUUAGAUAGCAGUGCCUUGGAAGUUUCAUCUGGAGAGAAAGAACCUAAUCAAUUUCUAGGAAAGAAAGAGGAAACAAAUGAAUUAUCUCCAGAAAUAGAAAAUCCUUAUCUGAGAGACAUAAAUUAUGAGAAGAAAGUGUGGUUUCCAGAGGGAAUGAAUGAAAUACCGUGCAAAGACCAGCAACUGAAAUAUAACAAAGAAAAGGGGGAAUCUACAUUUUUGGAUGACGAGGUAGACAAACCUGCUAAGAAGGAAGAAGACAUUCACUCUAUGGAGAGUGAAGAUAUUCCCAAGCAGGAUAGUUUGGAUGCUGAACCUGGCUCCUUUCAGGAAGAAACGGCCAAUGAGAAGGAUGGCUUUUUAUUUGUAGAUGGCAAGCCUAUGUUGAAAGAAAAACCAGCUCCCCAGGCACAUCCUAAUCAAGGUGUUUUGAAUUCAGAGAAAGCUGAACUUUGUAGCUUUGAAAACAGUCCCUCUUUUGAACUUGAAAGUGAGCCAAAAUCAAGUGUGGAAUGGGCUUUUUUGUCCUUUCCACACCAGGCUAAGAUGCCCACUUCAGUGCAAGGAGAAGAAGAACCUUUCCCUCAAUCUAAUCAAGUAAUGGAGACAGUGACCCUGUACCCAUCUUUUGACCUCAUGAGUGAAGCUGUGGAGAGAAAGCAAAAUGCUGAUGAGGAAUCAAGUGAGCAUCUUGAUGACCACCCAGAUGGCAGUAGAAAGCAGCCCAGAACUUCCGCAACUCUUCUGAAUGCAAGUGCAGGGUCCGAGGAGAACAGACAGUUGGAUCCUGACCAAGAUUGCAGAGGAAGCCGGGAUCUUGACACGCGCUCUGUUAGCCAAACCAAAUGUUACGUGUGGCCAGGUGCUCUGGACUCCUCGGGUCCUUUGGAGUUGCCUGAUUCCAAAGCAAAGGCAGGUGAGAAAGGGCAAGAGAGGGAAGAGAGGGAACCAACGCCCUACCCUCAUGAAAAAACUUUCCAGUAUGCUGACGUCUACAGGAAUGUGGUGAUGUCUGAUAUGGGCCAUCCUGGAAAGGACGCAGUAGCCAAGAGUACUCAAGCACUGAGCCCUCCGAAGGAGGAAUUCCUCUACCCCAUUUCCUCCAAAGAAGAAGAUUCUUACCUCUCCACUCCAACCGAGAAGGAACUCUCAUCCCCAAGUUCGCCAAAGGUUGUGACGGGGCAUUCCUUUAAGUAUGCAGAGGUUACUGAGCAGUAUUUGCAGGAUCCCCAUUUCAUGACAUCCACAGACGCCACACAAUGGAAAGAAAGCCCAGUGAGCCUCCAGCCUGCCUCCUCUUUGGGAGAUACAGCCUUCAGGGAAGAGGUGAGCCCUUCAGAUAGAAAACCCAGUAAGGAGCAAGAGUCCUCAACAGGUUUUCAUCCCAAAGACAUUUAUUAUGAGAAAGCUGAAAGAGAAGACAGUGCUAGCGACUCAGAGCUGGAGAAAGGUGCCAAGGAGAGGUCAGAAAAAGAAUCCGCAUCUCCCCUGGUGAAGCCAAAAGAACUCUGUGCUGCCUCAGAGAAGGACAACGUCUCUGUCCCAGGGCAAGAAAUCUACGAUGGGUCAUUGGGAGAGGGAAGUCCCUCCAAGAAAACAGCCGGGGACAGCCUUGCAGAUCCUAGCAGGCGGGAAGGGGGCACAAAGACGUCCCAGGUGGCCAUCGAGCAGCCCUCCCAGGACCUCGUGGAAAAAGCCUGUGGGGGUCUUGACCCUAGAAGCUUUUUACUUUCCGUCUCUGCUAAAGACAAGGACUCCCCAAAGGGGCCCGUCCUCCUUCCCAAAGGGCUUGAUUGUUCUUCCUCUGGAUUUGAACUUUCCUGCCUGGAAAAGCACGAGCCAUCCAUUUUGUUCAGACAUGAAGCCCAUUUCUCCUCACACUUGGAGCAUAAAUCUCUCCUCUUAAACAUGCCUGAACCUGCCUCUCCAGGAAAAGGUCAAGAAGAUGAAUACUUAGAGGUAUCAAAAAAGGGGGAAGCAGAAGGAAAGCUCCCUUGGCAGACAUCCCCAGAGGAUCCGAUCCACAAGCAGUCAUCCAGCCCCCCUGAGGAACCUUCCUCAGGGACCCCUCCCUCUGCAGGGCAGCCGACAGGGAGCAGCCCCCUCCCCAGCCUCCAAUACAUGGCAGGGGCCCAGAGCCCACCCAUCGCCCCUCCAUUGCUUUCAGGAGAGGACGUAGCCUCUGCUGGCCCAAAGGCUGGGCAGCCAUCCGAACCCACUUGCACAGUUGGCUGUUGCCCACAGCCGGCAAGCCCCCAAGAAUGGCCCGCAGCAGCCCCGCCCCGGGCCGGUUCUCCUCCUGGUCACCAGGAGGCAGGAGCAACAGCUAACGGCCCCACGGAAGUCAGCCUCAGUCCACUCCCUUUGUCUGACUCAUCCCCCAUUUCAGAGAAAUCUAGGCAGGAGCAGGAGGGGUGUGCGAGGCAGAGCCGUCCCCUGUCACUGGUGACCCCUCCCCAGGGGGACUUGAACAGCCAAAGACAGGAGCACGGAGGGGACACUUGCCAAGCAGUGGAGCCAGGCUUCCAAGCCGUAUCUAACCGUGGGCAGAAAUCAUAUGAGCGCAAGCAAAGAAAGGGUGAAUUGUCUCCAUCCUUCAUCAACCCAAGUCCUCAGGAUUCAUCAGAAGGCAGUGAGUUUUCACAGGGGAAAGGGCCCAUUUCAGUCAAAGGAAAGCCCCCUUCCGUUCCUGGUGGCCAUAGACCAGCUACUUCCGCUGUGGAGGAAACUCCUCCCACGUCUGCCAGUGAUUCGGGGACUUCUCAGUCAGACUCCGAUGUCCCUCCUGAAACAGAGGAAUGUCCCUCCAUUACAGCAGAGGCCGCCCUGGAUUCGGAUGAAGAGACUGACUACCUCCCGGUAGACAAAGCUGCAGGCAGUUCCCAGCAUGGCUCCAAGCCUGGCCAGGACCCACCACCUGCUUCCUUGGCAGACCCUCCGCCUCACCCUCCACACCCAGAUGUCUGCAUGAUGGAUCCUGAAAUGCUGCUGAUUGAGCAGAACCUGAACAGACUUGACAAGAUAUCCAAGAAGGACCUGAAGGAUAAAAAUAAAGCGUCCAAGAAGCUCCCGGGCAAGUCCAAGUCCUCCUCCCCGUACCAGAAAGCUAGUAAACAAUUACUUAGUCCCAUGAAGCAGCCGCCUGACAGUCGGUCUUCAAGGCCAGGGAUGGCUAAGAAAGAGAAACUGCUCAAGCCACCCGUGGAAGACCGAGAGGAAGGUUCUCGAAGCGCCCACACCAGCCCCGGCAAGAACCUCGUCAGUGGUGUCAGAACUGGCCCAGUUUCCAGCAGCCCCAAAAGUUCCUCCGCAUCACCUGGACCACCUGUCUACGUGGACUUGGCGUACAUCCCCAACCAUUGCAACGGGAAAAAUACGGACCAAGAGUUCUUCAGGAGAGUCAGAGCUUCUUACUACGUGGUCAGUGGGAACGAUCCCAGUAGCGGGGAGCCCAGUCGUGCCGUCCUGGAGGCCUUGUUGGAGGGGAAGGCCCAGUGGGGGGAGAACCUGCAGGUCACACUAAUCCCAACACACGACACGGAAGUGACGCGGGAAUGGUACCAGCAGACUCACGAGAGACAGCAGGAGCUGAAGAUCAUGGUCUUGGCCAGCAGCAGCACCGUGGUGAUGCAGGACGAAUCUUUCCCUGCAUGCAAGAUCGAGUUCUGAGCUUCCCCUCCUCUCCUUCCCCUCCCACGCAGCACUUGGAAGGCCCACCUGCUCCCCACUGCUUGAUUUGUUGCCUUUCCCGAGUGUCGGCUGAACUCGGCAGGAGCAGCACUCCAUCCGUGUGUGGUUCUUGCUUGCCAGAGCCCCAAGACCUGCCCCACACGCCUGGAUACGUGUGCCGAGUGGCCCCACCACUUGUCUGCUCUCCCUGGAACCGCUGCCAAGGGGUUCGGCUCCCUGGAUUUGGUUUGUCUGCCCUGUCUUUGUCCUGCUCCUUCUCAUCCCACGGCUGAGCUCUGUCCAGCUCUUGGCCAACCCUUGGAGGGAAUGUGGGGGAGGGGACCACGUGGGGCUGAUGGAGAAGGCAAGGCUCGGGCUCUGGAGCAAGCCAAGCAAGGAGGUGGCCCCAGGGCCCUCCUUUCUGGGGAAGGUGCACAGAAGAGAACGUCUCGAGAGACCAGGCAUGAAGUGGCACAACCAUUUGAAGGGGGGAGGCUCCUGUGACGACCAGUGCCCAGGCUGCCCUCGGGCCCUUGCCCAAGGGCCUGAGGCUGGGAUGGCGCCUGCCCCUCCGCCCACAGCUCUCCUCUUCUCAAAGGCUGAAAGCAAAACCUUUCACUUUCUGGACCAGCACAAAGCUGUCUGUGCCAGGAUGGGCGGUUGAGGCAGCAGGCACUGGGAGCCGCCUGGUGCAGCGCUGAGCAGGUUGCAAGGAAGCUUUAGUCCUCUGCAGGAAAAGAUCAGCUUGGAAGAGCCAUAGGAUACCCGGAACCCUUCGAAGGAGAGGGUGGAUGAGGAGAAAUAGAGCAAUGUUAUUUUUUCCGGUUAUUGUUUAAUUUAUUAUUUUUUAAUGGCAUGUACUUUUUCAUGUACAGGUUUUGCAUUUGUGUUUUCAAAUGUUUUGACUUUUAUUGUAGGCUCUUAACUCCCAGGUCACAGGGUACUCACAUUUCUAAAUGCUGCAAACUGACAGAGGAUGGAGAAUUAUCCCCCCCCCCCCCAAAUCACUUUGGUAACAUACAUUUGAAUCCUUCAGUCUGCUUGGCCCAGGUCAGCCUUGGGACAUCUGGUCCUGGGUGAGGGGAAAUGCGUGGCAGCCUUUCUCGUGGUUCUCGUGGCUUGAAUUGCUGCCCUUCUGGCUGGUGUUUAGCUGGCAGACCAAGUGUACGUCUGUAGUUAGACAAGUGAAUGUACUGACCCACUUACGAAUGUGUCUUAGAAGCUGAAGCUAAUGCGGUGGGAGGAGGGAGACCAAGAACUGUCCCUUCCUCUUAGGCAGUACAAGGACUCUGACCCAUCUGUUCCUCCUCCUCCUCCUCCUCUUCCUCACACAGCCCUGCCUGAGUCUCACUCCAAUAUUUUGUAAUUUUGAAGCAAGCUUCAGCAGCCUCCCCUUGCCCAUUUUAUGGCAAAAUUUAUAACAAUUAUUGCUCAUCCUUAGCCAUGAGAACCAAUUGGACCUUUGGCAACCCCAGGAGGAAAAUACGGCGUCUGCUCUUCCUGCAUGUGGCAAUUAGUGCCCGAGUGCUCCUGUUCCUAUGACUCCCUUGGCCUCGUGGCAAAGAAAGAGAAGCAGCCCCUCCGUGGCGUGUGUGUGUGUGGGGGGUCUCGCCUAAACAGCCCCCUUCUCCGCUGGCCCUUUUGCUCUCCGUUAGUCCUGUCCCCUCCAACGUCUCGCCUCCCUUCAGUUCUGUGUGCAAUACGCUGUAAUGCUAAUAACCGCAAAGGAAUGGGUCUGCGCUGACCAAUAAAGCAACCUUCACCACAGGAUCUGUGUGAGGCUCUCCCUCCGGCGCACUGGGGAUCGCAAGGCCAAGAGGGCCAUUUUAGCCCAGCAAGGCCCGGCUCCCGUAUUUGUUCUUGAGCUGGGAGGCUCUUCGCCUUGUCUGAAGGCA